GAAAGUAAAGUUUUAGGUCGUUGAUAUUUAUAGUUUUUGAUUAAAAAAAAACAAUACAUAUCAAUAAAUCAGGCUUAUAUUUAAUUUACUGUUAUGUAAAUAGUGUACGGAGUACGGAGAUCUUCAUUUUAUUUGCUUUAAAAAUCACCUGAAAUGACUAACGCUACUAUUCAGGAGAUAGAAGGUAUAGAUGACUACUGGGGCCCGGCGUUCCGGUCAGUGUACGAAGGGGAAGGUGGUCACGAAGCGUUUCUACAGCAAUUGGAUGAAAGAAUUAAACAGCAUGACAAGGAGAUUGAGAAAUUGUGCAAUUUCUAUUAUCAGGGUUUCAUAGAUUCAAUACGUGAGUUGUUACAAGUGAGGUCUCACGCUGAAGAGCUGCAUGCAGAGAUAUCUAAUGUUGACUCUAAUGUUAAAGAGACAACUGAUAGUCUUUGCUCAAGAGCAGAGGAACUAAUAAGGGCCCGUAGAGUUGAGCUGAAUAUAGCAGCUACAAUUGAAAAGAUGGAACUUUGUCUACCACUACUCACUACAUAUUCCAAAUUAAAGACACAAGUUGAUGCUAAGAGGUACUACCCGGCUUUGAAAACUUUAGAACAACUAGAGCAUGUAUUGUUACCCCGUGUGGGACCGUAUAAAUGGUGUUCUCAGAUAUCAGCAGAUAUACCGAGACUCAGACAAGCAAUUCAAGAUGCAUCUAUGGCUGAUUUGAGAGAUUUCUUAGAGAACAUACGUAAGCUAAGUCCACAGGUUGGUGCAAUGGCAUUAAAACAAACUCAAGAUAUGCUCGGAAGAAGUUUAGAAAAUAUUGUUAAAAAUAAAAAAGAAAUGAUGGGUGGGUUAGGGAAAGACAAUAUUGGUCCGCAAUGUCCGCAUGAACUAGUGGACUUCAGUCCUUUACAUAGAUGUCUUCAUAUACAUAGCGUUCUUGGAGCUAAGAAUGAUUUCAUUCAAUACUACAGAGCACAACGUAAACAGCAAGCUCGAUUAGUUCUAAUCCCGGCUGUAGGCAACUUGCACGACUCAAUUCAAGGAAUGAAAAGUUACUUAAGUGCUGUUCUAGGUUUCUUCAUAUUAGAGGAACAUUUGUUAACCACCGGAGCUGGUCUGGUCUCCAAAGACUGGUUAUUAGAUACAUGGAGCAUGUCUGUUAGUAAAGUGGCGUCUACAUUGAGAACUAAUACGUCACUUAUCACUGAUCCAACUCUAAUGUUGAGUAUCAAACAUCAAAUAAUGUUGUUUAUUAAUACUCUCAAAUGCUACGGGUUGCCUCCGGAGCCGCUGCCGCCGGUGCUGCAGGAGAUGGCGGAGCACUACACGGAGGUGCUGAUGCAGCGCUGGGUCGGAGUCUUCAGGGAUAUCCUCGAUAAUGCCGCCUUCCUGCCUAUUGAGGUAGCGGAUCAAGAGCAAUACGAUGGUGUUAUGGACACAUUUCCUUAUGACGGAGAUGAAUUGGAAACUCAACCGUUUCCAAGAAAGUUCCCAUUCUCAACAGUAGUGCCUGCUGUAUAUGUACAAGUGAAAGAGUUCAUCUACGCCUGGCUGAAGUACUCAGCAGGUCUAGGUCUGGGCGGCGGGAGACGCGCGGCUCAGGCGAGACACUCCGCCUCCUUACUGCUCAGCCGCUCCUUCACUGGAUGUCUCUCUGCAUUGUUCAGAAGACCAUUGCCCUUGAUGCAACUAGUCCAGAUUAUAGUCGAUACACAGUAUCUGGAGGAUGCUACAUCUUUCCUCUACGAGUUUAUUAGUAACAUAACUGGCUCUGAACUGGUCACAACACAGGCGGCGGGCAGCAUGUUCCAGGCGGCGCGUGAUGAUGCUGAGCAGCAGAUCUGCAACAACCUGGAGAAGAAAGUAGACGAGUUCCUCGACCUUGAGAACUACGACUGGUUAUUAGUGGAACCGACCGGACAGGCUUCAGCAUUCGUCACAGAUAUGCUGAGCUAUUUGUCCGGCGUGCUUACAUCCUUGGAACAGCUUCCGGAACGCGCCAGAGUGGCCGCAGUUCGUGCAGCAACAAACCGUAUAGCAACUCGUUUGCGUAACUUACUGAUGGACCCCGCGGUGAAGCAGAUCUCCUCCGGCGCCCUGUACCAGCUCGAUCUGGAUGUAAUCCAGUGCGAGCAGUUUGCGGCCGGAGAGCCGGUACCAGGUCUUAAGGAAGGAGAAUUACUUGAACACUUCUCCAGUCUAAGACAACUUCUGGACUUAAUUACCGGAUGGGAUUGGUCAUCAUAUCUUCACGACGUAGGCAUAGAAGGGGGUAAAUACGCGCUAGUCACGCCGCGUGAUGCAGCCACGUUACUCGAGAAACUUAAAGAAGCAGAACAGAAGUCAUCUGUCUUCUCCGUUCUAAAGAAGAACGAAAGAGACAGACGAAAGCUUCUCGACACCGUACUCAAACAAUUGAAACAACUUCAGAAUCAAGAUGGUUGAAGUUUGAAAAAAAAACGUUGAUU